AUGCCUCCUGCGCAGGUUCUGGCACCAUGGCCAGAAACGGGCCGGAAAUGGUCUCGAGUGCACAUCGACUACGCAAGCCCCGUCGAAGGACACAUGCUACUGGUGGUCGUAGAUGCUGAAACAAAGUGGCUGGAGGCCAUAUCGAGGCGUAGUACGACAUCAGAAGCCACCGUGGAAGCGUUGAGGCCGAUAUUUGCCAGGUUCGGACUCCCACAUACACUUGUUUCAGAUAAUGGCCCACAGUUCAUCUCAGCCGAGUUUCAGAACUUUGUAAGAAUGAACGGGAUCAACCACGUGACGACGGCGCCUUACCACCCGCAGUCAAAUGGCCUGGCGGAACGCGCGGUUCUCACGAUCAAGGAAGGCCUUCGAAAAAGCCAAGGGGGUGGCAGAUUCAUUAAACAUCUCAGUCAGAUUUUACGCCGAUACCGACGGACACCGGUAAAAGCUGGGAAGUCUCCGUCAGAACUACUGCUGGGUUAUCAGCUACGGACCAGGCUAGACUGUUGCCUCCCGAGUGCAGGCGGGGAACAGCGUUUUGAAGAGCGGUCCUCCACAAUGCCGUUCUGUGCAGGACAGCCGGUGUGGCUGAGAAGUUUCCACAGCCGGCCAAAAUGGUUGCCGGGAGUGGUCACCAGUACCCAAGGGGCUCGGAUGGCGACUAUGUCUACGCCGAUUGGCGAGCAACGUCGUAAUGCGAACCAACUGCGGCUGCGCACUCCGAAGGACUCAAACACGACGCAGCCAGGGGGCGCUACAACAUCCACCACCACCGCUAACGAAACAUCGCUGAUGCCAGCCGGCAUGGGUGACCCCACGCCGGCGGGGUCGCCGCCCUCUACCCAACCUGAGGCACCGCCGCCGCUUCGCCGGUCCAACAGGCUUCGGCGACCACCUCAAAGGUUCAACUGGUAA